CCCAGGUCCCAGCAGCUCCAUGGGGGGAAAAAAAACCCGAGAGAGGAGCCGAAUAACGGUACACUCCAAUAUUUAUGGAGCCGACCUCCGUAUUUAACUGCACCGUAUCAGCGUCUCCUCUCGUGAUGAGUACGUGAACAGAAGGCUGGAGAAACGGACGCGGCGAGCGGCGUUUUGGGGGCUGACGAAAACAAGCGGUCCACCAUUGUCUGCGUAGAAAUAAGAAUGGCCUGGAUGUGUAAGAGGAAGUCGGUGAUCGCCACCAGUCUCAUCGUGGCGGUGUCGCUCUUUGUGGUCGUGGUGAACUACUCGGAGAAGCCCUACUUUCUCCUGCAGCCCGUGUUCGGCCAGACCUUCAGCAGUCACUGGAUGUUCUCCAAGCAGCAGCCGUACAAGGCCUUCAAGCCUCACCAGGGCUACGUUAGCAUCCCCAAACAAGAGCCUCUGAAGCUGCAUUGUGAGAUCUGCAGCAUUGUGUCCAGCUCUGGUCAGAUGCUUGGCCAGGCUGCCGGCCCGCAGAUCGACAGUUCUCCCUGCAUCUGGCGGAUGAACAACGCUCCAACACGGGGCUUUGAAGGUGACGUGGGCAAGCGGACCACGCUGAGAGUCGUCUCGCACACCAGCGUCCCCCUGCUGCUGCAGAAGCCCCAGUACUUCUUCGGCCAGGGCAACGAAACCGUCUACGUUGUUUGGGGACCGCUACGAAACAUGAGGAAGGAUGGAAAGGGAAUCGUUUACAACAUGCUGCGACAAGCGGCUGAGAACUACCCCCAUGCACAAAUCUACGUCACCACAGAGGACAGGAUGAACUACUGCGACAUGGUCUUCAAGAAGGAAACAGGGAAAGACAGGAUCCAGUCCGGCUCCUACCUCAGCACCGGCUGGUUCACACUCAUCCUCGCCAUGGACAUGUGCAAAGAGAUCCAUAUCUACGGCAUGAUAAAUGACACCUACUGCAAGACGGAGGGUUACAGAAAGGUUCCGUACCACUACUACGAGGCGGGCAGCCGGGAUGAGUGUGCAGAGUAUCUGCUCCAUGAGAGCGCCCCCUACGGCGGGCACCGCUUCAUCACCGAGAAGUCCGUUUUCGCAAAAUGGGCCAAAAAUCACGCCAUCAAGUUCUUCAACCCUCCUUGGACGCUGUCGUGACCCUGGCUGAACCACCGUGGAAAUACAACAAGACCGUUAUCAUUACCAUCACCGUCAUUAUUCUGGAAUACUCUGAAUAUUAACACUGACAGAAACGUUCCCUAACGCGCAGAUAUCAACACAAUUUGGCACAAAUUACACUCCAUAUCUCUAAAUGAAGGGUGGUUGAGGGUUUUUUUGUAGAGUCCUGGAUGGCUGAUAACCAGGAAAUGUUGUUUCGUUUUGGACACUGGCCACUCAAUCAGACUUUUAAAAUAGAAGAAAAAAAAACAUAUCUCCUGCUUCUUGGAAAUUAGGACUUUUUCCUCUUCAAUUUGAGAGCAGGAGAGAGAGCGCACAGCACGCCACCCUUCAUUGACGAAUCGAUCCAUCGCUGCUCUGUGAGUUUAGCAAAGAGCGGCUUGAAGAAUAACUUUUACAAAUAAAAAAAGUAAACACAGCAUGAAGACGAAAACAACCAUCCGUCAACUCACAGUGACCUCAGCAGCUCACAUGUCUGCAGGCGCUGGAUUUACUUCUUUUUUUUUUGACUGUAGACGAAGAAGAGCUCAGCAGCUGCAGAGACGAGUGCUGUUGCCAUGGACGUCGGACGAGCUCGCCUGCAACAGUUUCCUCUGCGUGUCUGUUUUCUUCUGUCAGCCUGUAAUUAAUCUAUAACAAGUAUGGUUCAGGCUUUCAUCUCUGAUUGAGGGAGGGUUGGAGCAAUUCACUCUGCUUCAAUAAGGAAGCACCAGCAACCUAGAUUUUAGGAAAUAGAAAAGAAGCAAAAAAAAAAAA